AUGACUGAACUUCGUCUCUUGCCGGCACAGCGGCUCCACAAGGCUGUGGCUGAGAACGACCUGCAGACACUGCACUGGCUAAUCGACAACAACAAGAUAACCGACAUCCAGAACAAAAGCGCCGAUGACAACGGCUGGACAUCCCUUAUGCUGGCAGCACGCCUGGGCCACAAGGAGAUUGUAAAAUACCUGCUGGGCCUGGACCACGAUAACGAAGUGAUCUCAACAGACUCGUCAGGCAACACAAUCCCGAUGGUCAGCGCCAAGUACCGACACGAAGGGAUCUGCCUGCUGUACUUGAACAGAUACCCGCAGACCAUGUCGGAGAUCAACCGCGAUGGCAGCAGUGCAAUUAACGAGGCAGCUCAAAACGGAAUGAACCGCGUUAUCACCUUUAUUCUGGACCAUGGCGGCAAUGUCAACCAGCGCGAUAUCGAAGGGAACACACCGCUGCACCAUGCUGCGUCGUGGAAUCAGUUCAAGACCGCCGUGCUGCUGUUGGAGCGCGGUGCCCAGCCCUCGCUCAAGAAUCACAAGGGGUAUACCGCUGUCGACUAUGCGUACUCGUUCAAGCUAGAGAAGCAUAUGCGUGAGGUCAUCAAGCAGCUCCAGGCGGCCAACAGCGGCAGCAGCAGCAGCAACAACACAGCAGCAGCAACAGCCGCAGCAACAGCAGCAGCAACAGCCAGGAUCUCAGCCACAAACGCCAUCAGCGAUCACAAGUGUCUCUCCUCCUCAUCACCAAGCUAG